CAGUGUCACUGCAGCCGCCUGGAGAAGUGAAGGCCAUGGAAUGAAGUGCUCCCUGAGGGAAACCUGGUAUCACCUUUCCACUGCAGUGAGGAGGCGAACCAACCAGCUCAGAGCAUCCUGACAAGACGAGGGUGACUGACAGCUCUACGGUCCAAUCACAUGGCAGUAUUUGCCCCGCGGGUGGGCGGUGCUUCCUGGUCCGCCGUGCUGCUCGGGUCGCGGUGCCGGUCCCGGUUCGCGGAGGUGAUGGGGGCCCCAGGCGACGCCGGCGGGGCUGGAGCGGAGCCGGGAUCCGGGCCGCCGCCGUCCGGGGACCUGCGCAGCGUGCUGAUCACCAGCGUGCUGAACCUGGAGCGGCUGGAGGUCGACCUCUUCAGGGGCCAGCACCACUGGGUGCCCGCCACGCAGCACCUCUUCGGCGGGCAGAUCGUGGGGCAGGCGCUGGUGGCGGCAGCCCGUGCCGUGAGCCGCGACGAGCAGGUGCACUCGCUUCACUGCUACUUCGUGCGGACAGGGGACCCCAAGGUGCCGGUGCUGUACGAGGUGGAGCGGACCCGUACAGGGAAGAGUUUCUCUGUUCGCUCUGUAAAGGCCAUCCAGCAUGGAAAGCCGAUCUUCACGUGCCAGGCCUCCUUCCAGCUCUCCCAGGGAAGCCCAGUGCAGCACCAGUUCACCAUGCCGACCGUGCCACCCCCCGAGGAGCUGCUGACACAGGAGGAGCUCAUCCAGAAGUUUCUGCAGAAUCCUAAUGUGGCUGAGGGAUACAGGAAGCGUCUCACCAAGAUCCAAGCUCAAGAUGUGCCGAUUGACAUUAAACCUGUGAACCCACCAGAUAUAUUCAGCUCAGAGCCACAGGAGCCGAAGCAGCUCUUUUGGGUGCGAGCACGAGGCUACAUAGGGGAGACAGACAUGAAGGUGCACUGCUGCGUGGCCGCCUACAUCUCUGACUACGCCUUCCUGGGCACGGCCCUGCUCCCGCACCGGCAGUACCGCAUCAAGUUCAUGGUGUCCCUUGACCAUUCCAUGUGGUUCCAUGCGCCCUUCAGAGCUGACCACUGGAUGCUGUACGAGUGUGAGAGCCCCUGGGCUGGUGGGUGCCGGGGCUUGGUGCAGGGACGGCUGUGGCGCAGGGAUGGAGUCCUGGCUGUCACCUGUGCUCAGGAAGGUGUCAUCAGGGUGGAACAGACACCAAACCAGAGCAAGCUCUAGCUAAGGAGACCCUAUAGACUGGGGCUCAAGCAUGCCGAGAGAGGGACCCUGAGAUCAAGACAGGACCUGGACAGGAACAGGAAGGAGACCAGGUGGGACCAAGCACUGCAGGAAGUCCCAGUGCCAGAGGUGUCUGGGACAGACUGUGACCAACAGAGCAUUGCUGCAACCAGCUGCUAGCUGCACAGCAUGUAAGCGCACGCUGCCAUCAGCUCUCCUUCACCCACCUUAAAAUAAAGCCGUUGGGUGAAGA